CAUUCUCUGCUCUUCCCCACCCCCCUUCUCCUCAUAAUAUCCUCCCAUUAUUACACAACACAUGCUGCUGCUGCUCUCAGGGUCACCAUUGGUUUAAACUGUGAAUUGGAAGGGUUUUUUUUUUGGUAAAUAUCCAGAAAGGAACUGCGGGCAGUCAGCUUGGCAGUGCAUGGAAGUCAGUCAUAUGCUGUAGUGUUUAUCUGCCCUGCAUAGUCAGAACGUUAGAAUCUUUCCCCUGUGCCUCGUCCCUGCUCCGUUGCACCAAUUCCACUGAAGAAUUGUAAGAUCUUGGGGGAGUAUUGAGUGUUCGCUAUGCAGCCACAAGAAGCCACUGGUGUGCAGUACAGCAGGUGGAAUGAGAACAACCAAGACCAAGUCAGUGUAAACACCUCUACGACAGAUGCGCCAGCAUGGAGAAGGGUCUACAACCUGUUGUGCACGGGGAAGCUUGGCAUCGCCAUGAAAGUGGCUGGGGGACUUGCACUGUUCUGGAUCAUUUUCAUUAUUGGAUAUGUCACUGGAUAUUAUGUUCACAAAUGCAAGCAGCAGUGACACCCUGCCAACUCAAGGGCCACAUUCUGGGAUGUGCAUUAUAGGAGCCAGGCCUUAAUUCUUCAGACCGACUGGUAGUUUCCACAUAUAUUCAAAUAAAGAGAAGGUUGUGAAAAAUGAACAUUUUAGGACACAGCUGAAACUACUGUAUGCUCUGUAUGGAGCAGAGAAUAGCACAGAUACUUCUACUCUUAUAAUACAUUUUUAUGACUGCAGUCUAUAUUAUAUAAUGUGUUCUAGCGUCUGGAAAAUCAUUUGGAUAUUUUUCAUAGCAAGAACAGUAUAACUAGUGAAUCAAUGAUCUUUACCAUUUACUAUGCUAACAUGCACCACAUCAACCAAUUAGUUAUGCACUUUCAUAUUGAAACUUCAGCAGAUGGUUCUGAGCUUGUUGCAAUGGGUUACAGCAUGUCUUACUUAGUAAAUGAGUAAAACUACACCUUGGAUUACUUCUCCAUCUAUUUUAAUCAGUGCUUUGAGCCAGUGUAUGUGUCUGUGCAUACACAAUCUGUGCAAAUAAAAUAAUGCCUCUCCAAAGUUCCUGUACACAUUCAUGGAGAGGCUAGUGCCCUUAUGUGUGCUGGAUGAUUAUUGCUUUGAUAAUUACUGUCAAAAGGCAGAGGACAACAAUAUAAUUUGAACUGUUUUUCUUUCCCCCUAUAAAAUCAAUUAUAAUGGUCUGAUCCACUUCAUCAUAAGCAGAAAAGAGCACUAAGAGCUAACAUAUGUACCUCCAUGAGCACUGUAUAUUGCUGAUAAAGAAAUGUAUACUGUUCUCUUGCUGAUCUCAGGAGUAAAUCUAGGAGCUAUCAUUUAAAUAUAUUCAUAUAUUUCUA